UCCGGUUAGUGUGCACGAGCUCGACUCAUGUGUGCAGUGUUAUGAAACUGAGUUCCACUGUCACGUGGCUGCAGAUGAGGGGACAGCUGCUGACACCAACGUUUUGAAUGGGAGCUCAGUGAAGGAGGUCAACCUCUGACAUUUUAUAUCAUGCAGUCGGAGGCUCAGCUGCGUUUGUGUCAGAGUUGUCUUUGGUGCUGUAAGAGUGGCUUGCGGAUGCUGUCCCAGAGCUAUGCACAUAGAAAAGCUGUGAACCACUAUGACCUACUGGGAGUCAAAACUGAUGCCACCUUGGAUGAAAUAAAAAAUGCAUUUUUUGACAAAUCUAAAAAGUUGCACCCUGACAGCGACCCAUCAAACCCGACGCUGCACAGCCAGUUUGUGCAACUGAACGAAGCGUAUCGCGUUCUGAGCAAAGAGCCUAGCAGGAAAGAGUAUGACUUCAAAAUCAGACGGCCAUACAGUGGUGGCCAGGCCUUCAGAUCUACCUCUAGUCAUACCACUUAUGGAAGUUCCUAUGGUCAGGAGAGCAUCCGUUACUGGGAGCAGUUUCGUCACUCUCAGAGUCCAGAGAUGACAGCAGAAGAGAAGCAGCAGAGGAGGAAGAGGAACUUCCGGCUGGUGGCCUACUGUGUUAUUACUAUGAUGCUAAGCAUCGGAGCCCACAUGGUUUUCUUCAAGAAACUGGAAGAGGUUCACAAUAACUUCAUGGAUGAGAAGGACAGAGUCAUCACAGGCAUCUACAACGAAUCCAAAGAAAGAGCCAGGGUCAACGGUUUUAAGAAACAGACUGAAAUACUGCGUCAGAAACACGCAGAGUUUCAAGAGAAGUUCAAAAUGCGGAGUGAUGGAGAGGACAAGUAACAGUCUUCAGCUGUGCUCUGUGAUGAUGGAGCGGACAGCAAUGGAAGACAAACUAGUUUUAGGACCUUUCCUUUUAUUUUUGCUUUUGUUUCUGCACCCGUGUUCGAUUUGACCCUGACUCAGCAGAUCAUGGGUGCGAUAGGGGGGAGUUUCAUCCUGUUAUACAGGUGUUGCUGUUAGACCACGUUGAGUGAUAUAUAAGCUAUAUAUCGCUAAAGUAGCCUUUUGAAUUAUUUAUAUUUGAAGUUACAAGAGCGGCAAGAGGAUCCAGCUGCAGUUUGCACACAAACCUCAUGGUUUCACAAAGGAGGCACAAUUAGCACUGGAAAAAUAGGUAAACGUGUUUAUUGUUUUCAGCCUCAGUUCUGUAAUUGGAGUUGUGCAGAUUACAGUAAUUAACGGGGGACGAUGGUUUAUCACAGUGAGGGAUAUUUCUGUGAACAUCAAUUAAUAAUCUUUAUUGGUUAUUGGAAAAGAGAUUGUCUACUGGAUAUAUUUCCAUUUUGUGCUCUCCAGUUUGAUGAACCUUUUACUGUCUCUUGGUUUGAUUCGGGGGGGCUGCAGCGUGACAUGUUUCAGGUAUAAUGAUAGGUACGCACAAUUUUUCUAAUUUGGGCGCUUUGCUGCAGUUCUCUGCAUUUCAACCCAACACACAAUUUGCAGUUUGUUUUUAACAGAAAACUAUAAAAGACCAAUAUUAUUACUUGAAAAAAAGUGCCACAACUAAAUUAUUUAUGAUCAGUCUUUUUUUUCCUUUUUCUUCUUCUUUUUUUUUUUACUAAACUCUAAAAGUGUAUAAAUAUGAUGGAAAUGUUUGUGUUAAAAGGGGAAUACUGACGGUUAUUUCAACCUUCAGAGACAACAUUUACCAUUUUGCCUCUAUGUUUUUAGGUUUUAAAAGUUGUUGCUGUUUGUCUGUUAUUGAAAGCCUUAUGUAUUCCCUGGAGGGACAUCAGUGAAAUUAUUAAAAGAUCAACAUUUUCUCAUCGUU